AUGGCUCCCUCAGCUACCGAGAUCAACCUCCCGUCCGAUAUCAGGUCUGUCCAUGGUACAAAGGGCCCUAGAAAAUGUCUAGCCACCCUAGGACAUGCUGGGUCUGCCGUACCAACCGACGAGUCGCUCCCCGAGGUUCUCGCUGACCACCGCGGACCCUUGGAACUCUCUGGUGCUCCUGAUGGAUUCAAGCACUUUGAGUCUACACCUGUCAUUGGACUAACAGAAGCAAUCUCCCAUCGCCGCGUGGUCUUCUUCCACAAGCAAGAUGAAAUUACCAACGAUCUGCAGAAGGAAUUGGUCGGCCACCUCGGCAAGCUCGCUGGAACGUCGGCCUCUUCAGGGCUGCACAGCCACCCAGUCAUGAAUGCUAGCCGAGAAGAUAACCGUGACGAUGCGAUCAGUGUCAUCUCCUCAGUCUGA